AUGCCGCGCCGGCUGCGUCGUGAAGACUACACCGUCGGAUGGGUGUGCGCGCUCCCCGUCGAGCUGGCGGCAGCGCAGGAGAUGCUCGACGAAGAGCACGACGACCUUGGACGCGAGUACAACGACAACAACGAGAAUGUGUACGCCCUAGGCUCGAUAGCAGGGCACAAUGUUGUAAUUGCGUGCUUGCCGGCUGGCCGCGUUGGUAACAAUCCGGCGGCAGCCGUGGCGACGCAGAUGCGAGCGACGUUCAAAGGAAUACGCUUCGGGCUGAUGGUUGGCAUUGGUGCAGGCGUUCCGACCCCAGAGGCAGAUAUUCGACUCGGAGAUGUGGUAGUCAGCCAGCCAUAUCAGACCUUCGCGGGCGUGGUACAAUACGACUUUGGAAAGACGACACCCAGCGGCUUCGAACGGACGGGAUCACUGAAUUCUCCGCCGCAAAUACUGCUUGCUGCGGUAGCACGAGUGCGGGCACACGAGCUACGAGGCAAACGCAGGUUCUUGGAGUAUGCAUCCAAGCUCGAGCGCAUACCUAAAUUCCAGCGCAGCAAGACGGGGCCUGACAUUCUGUUCGAGGCAGGCUAUAACCACGAGGGCGGUCCAACAUGCGAGCUCUGCAACCCCAACAGACAGAAAGCGCGAGCGCAACGCGAGAGCGAAGAGAACGUAGUCGUGCACUACGGCACGAUUGCAUCAGGCAACCAAGUGAUGAGAGAUGCUGCUGAAAGAGACAGAGUUAGCGCGGAGCUUGGGGGCGUGCUUUGCUUCGAGAUGGAGGCGGCAGGCCUGAUGAACAGCUUUCAGUGUCUUGUCAUCCGCGGCAUAUGCGACUACGCCGACUCGCACAAGAACAAGAAGUGGCAGCCGUACGCAGCGGGGAUAGCAGCAGCCUAUGCGAAGGAAUUACUAUCAGUGUUACCGGCGGCGGAGGUUGCGGACACGUCCCCGGUAGAUGAAGCCAUGAGUGGCGUAAGCGAACACGACUUCGAAUAUUGUGCAAACCCUUCUGCUAAGCGUAGGAAAAUCGAUGCUUCUAAUGGCUUUGAGACUGAGUUCACUUCGACGAGUGGGUCACAAACCAAGCUUGUGGCUAGACGUAUGUACUGCAAAGUCCCCUCAGACAUGAAGAAACUCGGUUCUGACGCUACAGUAUCAGCACAGCUUUCAGAUCAGGAGCAAGAACAAGAGUACAGACACGACGAUAUUCACACCGCGAAAGAUACUUGUGAUUGGCUUCUUCAACAUCCACAUUUUCGCGUCUGGUUGAAAAGCACUCAACGGGUUCUUUGGAUCAAAGGGAACCCGGGCGCCGGCAAGUCUGUGCUUAUGAAAUAUGCUGUCCGGAAAAUGCACGAAAACCAGUCUGGGGAACUUAUUCUGUCCUUCUUUGUUCAUGGCCAAGACUACCUCGCUCAACUGACCACGAAAUUCGAAGAGCGGGAGAAGCGAUUUGGGGGUUAUAUGGCGGACAGAUGGAAGUGGACCACCAAAGAACUCCAAGAUUUUCUGACUACUGUUUUGACGAAGGGGACACAAUCUUGUCCUGUCAUCGUCUUCAUCGAUGCCAUUGAUGAAUGUGGCGAAGUUGCUGCUAAGAGUUUACUAGCAUACUUCAAAGAAGUCGCGAAGCAGGCGAAGGCAGAAGGAGCGCGGUUCAAAGUAUGCCUAUCUUCCAGACACUAUCCGAUCCUUGGCCUAGAAACCAUCCCAGCGAUAAACGUGGAAGACGAGAACGGUAAGGAUGUCCAAUGGUAUACUCGGAAGCGACUAGAAGACAUUCAGCUGAAGGGAAAACGCCAGCAAAUUGAGGACGAAAUACUGUUGAAAGCUCGAGGUGGUUUCCAGUGGGUAUUUCUAGUUACCGAAAAAAUAAUUGGUCGGAACUUGGCAGGCAUCAGAGCAGACAAGCUACUUGACGAGCUCACAGUUUGUCCAGAAACUCUAAGUGAGCUAUAUGCCGCACUCCUGAGCAGCGUUACCAAAACAGAAAAACUCCAGAUGACAAAGCUUUUCCAAUGGGUUUUAUUCGCGGAGAGGCCUCUAUCUACGCAGGAGCUUCGAGAAGCGCUUGCUGCCGAUGCGGAUAUGAGCUGCACAUCUAUCUCUCAACUCAGAGACCACGAGAGCUGGUCAGAAAGCCUAGACGGCUUCGAGAGGCAUGUUAAGCACAUUUCUCGAGGUCUUGUCCAAUUUCAGACUCGCGAGGUUUAUGAGCAGUACGAACCUAACGAGGAAGAUCCAGACCGCGAGGCCCAACUUAUCCAUCAAUCUGUGGCCGACUACCUGUUCGACAAAUUUCUCUAUGACAUGGCGGAUAACCAGCACGCUCCGCAAUCCCCAGCAGGCGCUGGCCAUUUCCAGAUAUCAAGGUCUUGUCUUAGAUACUUGACACUAAGGGAAUUACUGGAAGCGGCCCGGCUACCGCGGGGCACCGUUUCAUCGCAGUUUCCCCUGGCACCGUACGCAACGCGAUAUCUCUUCGACCACAUUCGCAAAGUUGAGAAAGAAAGGAUUCUCCAGCCUGACCUGCUCACAAUCAUUCAAUGGACGCCCCAGUCUAGGACUAUGCAACAACUUGCGGACCUAUUGAGGGUUUUGGACCCUGACAGUGCCCAUACGCCUCUAGGGUGGCCAUUCUGUGGAGCAACAGCGUUCCAUGUCUUGGCUGCGUUCGGCUCGAACAGCGCAUGUGAUGGGUACCUAAAUGAGAGCGACGAAACGAUCGAUGGCAAAGACUCAGACAUGAACACGCCACUACAUAUUGCCAUCCGUGAGGGGUGCCAAGAUAUAGCACUGACGUUGCUGGACCAGUCCAUCGUGUGGCAGUCUCAGCAUGGUGACAACAGCAUCAAUGAGGGCAAAUGCAAAAGGCACAAAGAAAGUCGACUCGUGGAUAUUGAAGCUGAGAAUAACGACGGAGAUACAGCGUUGACAAUUGCAUUGUCCAUGAAGGCUGACAAGGUCCUUUCCAAAUUGAUCGAAGCCGGUGCUGAUCUGAAGUACAUGGGACGAGAAAUGGCGCUAGUGGCUUAUGCCAUUAGCAACAGAAAUAUGAGGCUUCUCGCUAGACUGAUCGGGAAGAACAUAUGUUUGGACGGGGCUGUAUUCUUCGCUGUAAAAGACCACCAUCUCAACCAGGACGAUGUUCUCAAGGAAAUUGUCGCACAGCUCCUCAAAGCUGGAGCCAACACCAUUGAGUCACCAAUGUUUGGAGGACUUUCCGAGCCCAAGGAUAACAGUGAAGGCUACGAUGAAGAUUCCGAUGAAUAUUUCGAUGAAUAUUUCAAUGAAUUUGAGAGCAGGAACGAUGACAAUGCACUUCUUAUAGCCUGCAGAAGAGGUCAGGCGGAUUUGGUCGAUCUGCUCUUGUCAUACGGUGCAUCAGCAACUUGUCAAAACAAGAUUGGAGAAUCGCCUUUACUGAUUGCAGCAGAUUGCGGACACAACAAACUCACUCAAUCAUUACUUCAGUGUGCGCCGUCGGCAGUUGAACUGGAAACUGGGGACGGUCGUACAGCCCUGGACGCAGUCAUUGACAAUAAUGAAAUAGACUUACUCCUACUUCUCAUUAAGAAAGGAAGCUUCUCGACUUCAAAUUCAGUUCUAGAAAAGUGUUUCAUGUCGCUUGUCGAUGAUGAGUAUACUCUUCGCAUUGCUGUAGAAGCCUUCCUAGAGAACGAUGUCAUUGAAUCAGAUGUCAAAAACCAAAUCCUAGUCAAGUACCUACUUAACUGUUUCAAGGGGAACUUUUAUCAGGGAGAUGGAGGGGGGCAGUCACCGCUUUUGUGGGCAGCACGGAAUGGAUACAAGGAAGUAGUUAAACUGCUGCUUGAGGUAGCUAACGUGGACGUCAACGCACAGGACCGUUUCGAGCAGUCGCCGAUUCUCUGUGCAGCAGCAUAUGAACACCAAGAAAUAGUCAGGCUACUACUUCACACUGGAAAGGUCUCCAUUGAUGCACGGAGCAAUAGCGGGUGGGCGUUGCGAUCAUGGGCAGUCGUGAGAGGAUAUGGGGAUAUUGUCAAGUUGCUGCAUGACACUAGCAACAUUAAUGUGAACGCGGAUGAUAAUACUGGACCAUCAUUACUAUGGUGGGCGGCACGGACCGGAUGUGUGGCGAUGAUCGAGCUCCUGUCUGGGGCUGGCGAAGUAGACAUUGAUGUAUGGGACGACAACGGACGAACAGCGCUCUCGUGGGCAGCACAAUAUGGACAUACGGCGGUAGUCCAGCUGCUAAUAAAAACAAACAAAGUUAAUAUCCACGCAAACGACCACUAUGGGCAGUCGCCGCGGUGGUGGGCAGCAAGAAACGGAAAUGAUGCGGUGGUAAAAUUAUUGGACGAAGCAUCCGCCGAUCGUGAUCAUUGA